GGAGCGCAGGCGUUAGCAAGUGCUGCAAGGCAACGUGGACACCCACUGUAACGUCAAUGUAGCCUGGCGAUCCAUCAGGGAUCCCAGAGUCGUCCCUCUUGUGGUGGUGGUGAUGAUGGUGUCCAUGGUGGUGUCGGUGAUCAUAGUCGUUAUCUCGGUGACGACGUGCUUCGAGAUCGCCAUCUCUGGCCUCAACGACAGUUGUGUGGUGUCUGUGAUGCCCAUGUCGUCCGUGGCCGUCCUCGACAAUCACAACGGGGUGACGAGGCUUCCUAGCUUCGAGUCCAUCUCGGUUAUGAAUCUUGACAAUAGUAUCGCCGUGUCGAUAACCAUGGCCGUGGUGUCGGUGUCGGUGCCUGUCAUCAACGAUCACGACGUUGUGUCCCGAGUGACGUUUCUCCAGCUGCCCGUCUUCGACAUCCAAGGACCUGUGAUGAUGAUGGUGUCCAUGGUGGUGUCCGUGGUCGUGGUCAUGGUCAUGGUCAUGUUCCCAGUCAUCAUCGUCAUAGUAGUGACGAUGACGGGGGUCUCGGGCCUGUACGUUGACCAGGGAGCCGUGCUGUGAUCAUUGUCAGGUGAUCCUCUCAGUGUCCGCACUCACAUGAUCAUGCGGUCCAUCUCCCAAAUCGACGUUGAUCAUGUCCGAUUUAGAUUGACCAUCACCCGCUUGGGCAUCUCCACUACCUUGGUUGUCUUCAGCAGCGCGAUGAGGUUGGGAUUGUCCCUGAGGCAUUCG